AUGAAAUCGAAAAGCAAAUCCGAACCAGUGAUCAUUUCAAAUGAUUCAGUGACGUGUUACGCCGAUCGUCUAGUUAUUCAUCUGUACUAUUUUCCUUAUGGUAGUAAAACUAUCAAAUAUGAAGAUAUUCGAUCAUGUCAAUUGUUGCCAUUGCGUCGAUUGAAUAGACUGAAAUACAAAAAAUGGGGAAUGGGAUUGUCGCCGAUCUGGUGGCAUUCGGAUGUGCAACGCUACUAUCGGAACUAUUACCUUUUAUUAGAUACGAAUCAUUGGCCGUAUAUUGGAGUUACCAUGGAUGAUAAAGACAUUUUGAAUGUGUUUGAGCUGAUCCAAAGUGGAGCUCAAAGUAAAUUUCUAUCGGGGCCAGCGAAUGGAAAGGAAAUGAAAUAUCGAGAUUUCAGUGAAUAUGAAAGUUGUGAGCAAUAG